CGGGAAAAAAAGGGAAAACCAAAAAGAAAAAAAAAGUUUUGUAAGGCAAUGCCACAUCAGGUGUUCGGAAGCUCAUCCAACCACCGCAUGCCGUCCCUAACUAGCUGAGCUGUUCCUCACUGUAGUGUUUGCCAUUGGAUUUCUCCCAAACCCAAACCCCACCUCCCCUCCAAAAACACACACACUCCAAAUUUCACUUUCAAUCUUCCCCUUCUCCAACUUUUCUCUUCUUCAUCAUCAUUUCAUCAGUAAUUGUACAUCUCCCGACAAACAACCCAAAAAAGAAAACUCCAAUUUUAGAUUCACUAGAAUGAGAAAUAAAUUGUACUUUAACUGUUGAUUCAUUAAAUUUCGUUUUUAUUUUUUUUUUCCUUUUCCGGAUUUCACGACUGAAGAAAGUUUCGAUCUCUCUCUUUGCACGAAAAAUGCCUGGUUGGUGGGGUAAAAAAUCCACGAAAUCGAAAGACCCACUACCCAAUUUGCAGAAUUCUUCCAGUGGUAACAGCACCAAGAGUUCACCAUCGAUUAAGAACGAGAGAAGCAGGGGCGACUCGAGGAACAGGGACAACGGCGGUACUCCUGUUACCCCUAUUGAUAGUUCUAGGCCCAAAAGCUUUGACGAGGUUUCUGGUAUAGUUUUCUCCAGGAAUUCUCCGCGGAAAAGUCCGGAUUCGAGUGGGUAUGGCGUUUCCUCAUCUGGGUUCUCGGGUUUUGAUUCAUCUUCAUCUUUGGAUAGAAAUUAUCCACUCCCAAGGCCUUCGAGUGACCAGAUUCAUGUUGCCGGGCUUGGAGCAGGAUCUGCUUCUGUUUCUGGUUCCAGUAUGAGUUCAUCUGCUUCUUCCGAUGAUCACUCGAAUCUUGAUCAUGGUCAAUUGGGUGGUUUCAGGGUUUGGGUUGCUGGACAGAAAUUUUGAUCGAGGGCUUGGCUUGCCUCACUUCGCUUGUUCAGAUUAUCAAAAGAUUGUCUUUUGAAUCUGUUAUAUUGUGGGGAUUCUUUUCGAAGUUUCUCAUGGUGUCUCUGUGUUUCACACUGAUUUUUUCCACGUUGAUGGAGUUGAUCUGUCUGGGGUAUACUACCAUUUCAUUUAUUUAGAGGACAACUCAAACAAUUCCAUGUCCCUUUUAAAUUGCUGAUGUACCUUAUGUGUUUUGGAUGUAAAUCAGCUAUGAAUAGCAUUUGUAUGAGGAAUAAAAUCUCUAUGUAAUUAGUGCUAAGAGUAUAGUGGCUCCAAUCAUUUAUGCUUUCUUGCAGAGGACAAGGGGAUGCCAAAUUGAGCCCCCUACCAAGUCCAACCCCUCGAUCGAGGAGUGGUACUACCACAAGUUCACCUCUACAUCCACGUCUUGCUGGUUUAAGUCUGGAUUCUCCUAGUGCCAGAUUAGAUGAUGGUAAAAGUGAAUGUCAUCGCUUGCCACUACCUCCUUCUCCGAGCAGUCCUCCUUCAUUACCAACUCCAAGAUCGUCAGCAAUGUCAGACUGCUCAAGUAGUAACUCCUCUAAAUGGAAAAAAGGAAAACUCCUAGGAAGGGGCACUUUUGGGCAUGUUUAUGUUGGAUUUAAUAGUGAGAAUGGGCAAAUGUGUGCAAUAAAAGAAGUGCGUGUUUUCUCCGAUGAUCAAUCAUCCAAAGAAUCUCUCAAGCAAUUGAACCAGGAGAUCAUGUUGCUGAGUCAGCUUUCACAUCCAAACAUCGUCCAAUAUUUAGGAAGUGACUUGGGCGAAGAAACAUUGUCUGUUUACUUGGAAUAUGUAUCCGGGGGUUCCAUCCACAAAUUGCUUCAGGAAUAUGGACCAUUCCGGGAGCCCGUUAUUCAGAAUUAUGCCAGGCAAAUUCUUUCGGGACUUGCCUACUUACAUGGAAGAAAUACAGUUCACAGGGACAUUAAAGGAGCUAAUAUAUUAGUGGAUCCUAACGGUGAAGUGAAACUUGCAGAUUUUGGCAUGGCGAAGCAUAUAACAUCUGCAUCUUCUAUGUUAUCCUUCAAAGGAAGUCCUUAUUGGAUGGCUCCUGAGGUUGUCAUGAACACAAAUGGUUACAACCUUGCAGUGGAUAUAUGGAGUUUAGGAUGUACUAUUCUUGAAAUGGCUACUUCGAAACCACCUUGGAGCCAGUAUGAAGGGGUGGCAGCAAUAUUUAAAAUUGGGAACAGCAAAGAUAUGCCAGAAAUUCCUGAUCAUCUUUCUAGUGAUGCAAAAAGUUUCAUAAGGCUGUGUUUGCAGCGGGAACCUAGUGCUCGGCCCACAGCUUCACAGUUAUUAGACCAUCCUUUUGUUAGAGAUCAAUCUGCUGCUAGAGUUGGUAGUGUAAAUAUGACAAAGCAAGCCUUUCCACAGGCCUUUGAUGGAAGUCGUACUCCGACUGCUCUUGAUCUGCGUGGAAGCCGGCGCAGUCUUAGUCCUGAAGGAGAAUUUACAUCGAGACAAGUUCUCACUGUCUCAAGAGGCAUGACAAGCCCUAGGGAGAAUGCUAGAGCUAUAACAUCAUUGCCAGUGUCUCCUUCUUCAAGUCCUCUAAGACAACACGGGGCAUCAAGCAGGAGCUACUUUCUUUCUCCUCAACAUCCAUCGAUGGGUUUUGGCGGCCAGAGUUCAUACACUUCAAAUGAGUACUCACCCUUCCCAACCAGGUCUUACACGCGAAACAUCCUUGAACCGUGGAAUGAACCCCCUCAAAUGCAAUUACGUGGUCCUUCAUCUGGUCGAUCCCCAAGGACUAGGCCCAUUUUGUAGAACGACCUGCAACUAAGUUUUUUAUUGUCCUAACUGGCUAAUGCACAGAAGUGCUGUUCAAGAUUUGCUCUCCAGGGAGUGAAAAGGAGAGGGCGGGUUUGUCGGAAUGAGAGUUGUAAUUUUGGGAGUUUGUAUCUCUAUCAAAGAUAGAAGAUUUUGUACAAUGGAUGCUAGGAGACUUCAUCUGCAGAGUGAUGUUCCUCCCAACAGUCUGUUGUUCCGUUCGAUACUGUAAAUAAAAAACUGAUUUCAAGUGUUGUAUCUCAGCUGUAUAUUCCUCAUAUUAGGUUUCUAUAGUUGUAGGAAAUUGCAUUCAGGUUGAAAUUCUAGCAUGAACAAUAUAUAUGACAUUCUCUUUUGGAGAUGGAAAUACGAGAAUUCAUUGAUCUAUGGCCAUUUUUGCAGCAGC